GUGACAGGGAAAUGUUGUGACAGGAGUGAGGCUGAAAUCCUCCGCAGUGUGAAUCGUUGCUUCACCGCCAGGCGCUUCCAUCGGACUCAAACUGCAGCUGUGUUCAGAAAAUGGCCGACAGGUUUUCUAGGUUCAACGAAGAACGUGAUUUCCAGGGUGGGAAUCACUUUGACCAGUAUGAAGAAGGCCAGUUGGAGCUGGAGCAGGCGUCCUUGGACAAGCCAAUCGAAUCGGAUAACAUCGGACACCGGCUGCUUCAGAAGCAUGGAUGGAAGUCGGGGCAAGGACUUGGAAAGACCAUGCAGGGACGCACCGACCCUGUGCCCAUUGUCCUUAAAUAUGAUGUCAUGGGGAUGGGAAGAAUGGAGAUGGAGCUGGACUAUGCAGAGGAUGCCACAGAAAAGCGGAGAGUGCUUGAAGUGGAAAAAGAGGAUACAGAAGAGCUUCGACAAAAAUACAAGGACCAGGUGGAAAAGGAGAAGGCUAUCGCAAAAGCUCUGGAAGACCUGAGAGCAAAUUUCUACUGCGAACUAUGUGACAAGCAGUACACCAAACACCAGGAAUUUGACAACCACAUUAACUCGUACGACCAUGCGCACAAACAGCGGUUAAAAGAGCUGAAGCAGAGAGAGUUUGCACGCAAUGUUUCCUCCCGUUCUCGAAAAGAUGGAAAGAAGCAAGAGAAGAUGCUGCGUCGACUGCACGAGCUGGCAGAGCAGAGGAAACAGGACAAACAGAACCGUACUCCUGGAAGUGGCCCUAUGUUCAAAACGACAACAGUCGCUAUUGACGGGGAGAAAGAAGGAGAUGGUGAAGGCGCUGCACUCGAGAACCCUGUUUUGACAGAUGCCAUCCGUGAGGGAUCGCCAUCAGAGAAAAUUGGCCAAUCCUCCCCGAAGCCCAGCCCAACUAUCAAUUUUUCACUGGGGAAGAGCACAUCCUCAUCCCCAACCCCCAGUAGUGGAUCAAAAGUCAGCGUGUCGUUCUCUUUUGCUAAGAAAGCCCCCGUAAAGCUGGAAACUGCAGCUGCUGUGUUCGCUGAUCAUGGCGAGGAGGCUAAAGAGGAAGAUGAGGAUCAGGAGGGAGAAAAGGCUGGGAGACAGGAGGAGACAUCCGCCUGCAGCACAGAGAGUCCUAAGGGAGCGCCUGAAGGAGAUGGAGGAGGGGAGAAAGGCGGUGCGGCUGAAGCAGAAGAGGUGCAGCAGCCUGAUGACGGUGGCUCACUGGCUUCAACUUUAAACAAACUGAAGAUGAUGAUGAAAAAGGAUGAAGGAUAUUCUGGACAAGAACCUCAGUACUAUCACUACGUACCUCCAGCUCAUUGUCGGGUGAAGCCUCACUUCCAGUUUUUGUUGUUUAUGAAGGCUUUGGAGCAAUGUCAGAGCAAAGAAGAUGACGAAGAAGAAGAAGAGGAAGAAGCAGGGGAAGUUCAAAAGGCUGAAGAAAGUUCUGAUCAGACAGAAUCCAAAGUUACAGACUCCACAACUGAGAAAGAAGAAGGUAAAGAUACAUCAGCAACCGACAUAGAGCCGCCUGCUUUGUCACCUAAAGUAAAGAUGGAGGAAAAUGUCUCUUGUGCUCUGGACACGGCUUCUGCUGCUCCCUCUUCUCCCACUCAGAAACCAGAGAACAGCCAGAGCACACCCGACUCAAACACUGGUCCAAAAAUCCCAAUGGGUCCCUUCUUCCCUGUCCUCAGCAAAGAUGAAAGUACCACUUUGCAGUGGCCUACAGAGCUUCUUGAGUUUACAAAAGCUCAGCCUUCACUGUCUUACAGCUGCAAUCCUCUCUACUUUGACUUUAAGCUUUCAAGAAACAAAGGAUUGCGUGGUGGGAAAGCAGCAAAGUCCCGCAAGCCUGGAGAAGAGACUGAUGAGAAAGGACAAGACACAGCUGCUCCAACAGCUGAAGCUGCUGUACCUCUACCUGAAGCAUGCACUGAUAAAGACAAGCCGUCAAUGAAGGGAGAUCCCAGCCAGCCUGAAUCUGAUGAGCAAAAAGCCACAACUGCAAGCAGCAGUACCAAAAAGAAGAAGAAGAAAAAGAAGCAUAAGAAGUCUGGAAAACAUUCAAAACGCAAAGGAAAAGAAAAGGACAUAGCUGAAGAUGCAGAGGAGAAUGCCGAGGUGGCUGAAGAAAAACCUAAAAAGAAGAAGAAACACAAACGGAAAAAGAGCAAAAAUAAAGCUCAAGAUCAAGAAGAGGCUGCCGGGGAUGAAAAAGAAAAAAAUAAGCUAAAGUCGGAAGAAAAAGCUGCUUGUUCCUCUGUUCAGCCCCCAACUGGAGGGGGAGGAGCCACAGGAGCUGAGUUGGGUAAAAGGAAACGUGCUCCAAAGGAAGUGCCUUCUAAGUCUGGAGCAGAACAAGGAGGAAGUGGAAAAACCGAUAAGACCAGCCCACCCGAAGAUCACAGCGGUUCCAAAAAACAAAAAACCGACUCCAGUGGAUCGCAAAGCGCCUCCUGCUCCACCUCCGCCCAAAAAAGUCCGGGUCACGGCAGACCACCUAGCAGUGAGAGUGAGGAAGAUGGCGGCUCUAACACCCAGCGCUCGCGCCAUCACAGGUCCACCCCACGGGAGCAGCGGCGCCAUCACAGUGAAGAAUCCAGGCGGUCCUGCAGUCGCUCGUCAAGGCGUGGGGAGAGACGUGGGGAGAGACGUGGCAGCAGCCGGCGACGCCAUCGCGGCCAAACCUCCCGCAGCCGUUCUUACUCUAGCAGCUCUGGGCGCUCCUCGGCAAGAAGCAGUGCCUACAGUCACCGUAGCCGCAGUUACUCAGACAGUUACAGCGACUACAGCACAGAGGGGCGACGGCGCAGGCGCUCCAAACGUUCCUCAGAGUCCGAGUACGAGUGGAGAGGCAGCCGAGGUCGUAGGCGAUCCAGGAGACAUCAGUACUCCUCUUCAUCGUCGGACGAUUCCCGCUCACGUUCACGCAGCUACAGCAGGAGGAAGCAUCACCGGCGUCGCCAUCACAGCAGUUCCAGAAGCUCCAGCAGCUGGAGCCGCAGCACCAGCACCAGGUCAUGGAGGCGUAGCUACAGCCGAAGCCGAAGCUCAGCGAGUCGCUCCUCCAGCUCCAACAAAGGCUCCCCUCACAGACGAUCCAUCAGGGGCCGAGCCGACAGCGACACGCAUCGCAGAGAUUUCAACCACUCUCGAAUCUAUCGCUCCCAGUCUCCUCGCUCAUCGUCACGAAGCUUUAACCGGAACAGCCAUGCAUCCUCCUCUCAGACUUUGAGGCCGGUCGGAUCUCGUGAUGCAGGGGAGCACAAAAAUAUGCUGACGGCGCGGCAGCUGCUGGAGAGGGUGCAGUCCAAGAAAAGUUCUGAGGAUUCUGGAACAAAGUCUGGGCUUAAGAUUAAGGACCCACCAACAGGUUACUUUGGUCCUAAACUACCUCCAACCUUGGGAAGCAAAGCCAUGCUGCCACUUUUUGGGAAGCUGCAGGCAGGGAAGAAACCAUUGAUUCCCCUGACAAGACCCGACGAGGGAGAGAAAUCAGGAACUGGAAAGGGUUCUGAAGCAGAUGGGGAGGUUAUCCUUGUAGAACCUAUAAGAGAGUUCCCUCCUCCACCCCCACCCCCAGCCCCACCGGUGCAGAAGGUGGAGGAGGUCCCACAGAACACAGUUACUGCGCAGGAGACACAAGCGCAGUCAAAUGUCGAAGAGCAAGUUCACCAGGAAGCCCAGCCACUGUUUGAACAAGAUCCUUCCAUGAUGAUGCCCCAGUAUCAAGCUGAACCAGGUCAAGACCCCUCGCAGAACCCAAUGAUGGACUCCAUCAUGCCUGAAAUGCAGCAACAGCAGGCUGCAGUGCACGGCUACCCCACCUACCCUCCGCCCAAUCUGGAGGAGGACGGCAUCGAGGCAGAAGAGGACGGCCUGGCUCCUCUGGAGAGUCAGCCUAUCACCUUCACCCCAGAGGAGAUGGAGAAAUACAGCAAACUACAGCAGGCGGCUCAGCAGCAUAUCCAGCAGCAGCUUCUGGCCAAGCAGGUUAAGGCCUUCCCUUCGGCUGCUGCCGCGGUGGCGGCUGCUGCAGCGGCAGCUAACUUGGCCCCGGCUCCCCCUCCUCCAGCCCUGCAACAGAUCCACAUUCAGCAACCGACGGUCUCCGUAGCCUCGGGCACAUCAAUCACCACUGUCCAACACGCCAUCUUGCAGCACCAUGCUGCCACCGCCGCAGCAAUGGGCAUCCACCCUGCACACGCCCACCACCCCCACCCUGCACACGCCCAGCUGGCCCAGGUGCAUCACAUUCCUCAGCACCACCUCACUCCCAUCUCCUUGUCCCAUUUAGGCCCGUCUCUUGGUCAUUCUUUGGGACACUCUCUGGGGCAUGCGGGGUUAAUUCCUGCACACCAUACAGCCUUCCUUUCUGGGCAGCCUAUUCAUAUCAUCCCUGCCUCUGCACUUCACCACACACCUUUGGCGCUCCACCAUGUUCCACACGCGGCCCUCUAUCCAACACUAUUUGCAUCUCGGCCAUCUCAGGCUGCCGCAGCAGCAGCUCUCCAGCUCCACCCACUUCUGCACCCAAUAUUCUCGGGACAGGACCUCCAACACCCUCCUAACCACGGUUCAUGAGGGAUAAUAGAUUAGGAACAGGAUAUGAACACUUAGCCUCUGACAGAGCGUUGCAACGAUCUUGAUUUAGGGAUAGAGAUGAAGCUUUUCCUCUAUAUAGGAAGUCAGACAUGUCGGUAAAAGCAUUAUUCCACCAACUAAGUGGGCGUUACAUGGUUUAGCUGUGUUUUGUUAAAAAGUUGACACUAGCAUUUUCUAUUGGUUCAUCUGGGUGUUAUUAUUUUCCUUUUCCCCAUGUUUCCUGCUAUGAAGGCGAGUUUGUAGAUGUAAAGAGACUGUUUUCGCAACCAAUUUGAGUUUACAGCCACAUUUACCACUGAAUUAUUUUGUUUUCCUCGUUUUGAAAUCAGAUUAUUAGCUAAUUCUGGCAUCCAAAGAGAUUCAUAAUAGCAGAGAUGGCAUUGAGGAUCGUGUUGAGAUUCGGUUACAGAAGCAAACAGCUUCAGCUCUCUUCUUUUGAGAUGUGCCCAUAGAUUUACAACAUCUCACUGACGUUUGAUACUUUUCCCCAUAUAACACUCUGCUUUUCAUUAUUUUCUGGUCUCAAAGCGGUUUUCGUUUGUGUAAUUUGUACAUAUAUCAGUGUGUAAUGUGAAGAAGACAGCCAUUAAUAACCUUAUAAAAUAACUAUGGUGUCUAAACUGGUAUGACGCUCAAAAGAAGUCCUGAAUUUGAAGAAAAAUGGCAAAGAGGUUUUAACAUCUGUUACUGAGGCAAAGCUCCUGUUUCCCCACAGAGGGGCACAUGUGAAUGAAUUGCACUGAAAUCUGUACAUUAGGAUGGUGCUUUUGCAUCAUGUAACGAUUGUAGUAUACUGCAAUAAUUGUAUUUUUAUUUUUAAAUUAUUUUCAAAAUGCUCUUCAGAGGAAGAGCAUUGUUUGGCUUUUUUCUGUAAUUUUGUAAAUAAAAAUGCUGUAGAUUAACCUAUUAACAAAAAAAAAAGGUUGACAUUGCUCUCGGUUGAGCAGGUGAAUUAGAAGUUACAAGACGGAUUCGUAUUUUAUCAAGGUUGGUUAUGAAAUCCUUCCCUCUGGGAUCGCAGACAAAUUACUUGUCAAAAAAAAAAACUAAAGUUGUGACUGUAUUUUUUAAAAACAUAACUGUUUCAACAAAUAAAACUUUGAGUCCA